CCUCCCGGGCGGGCCGGGCGGGCGGGAGUGUCGCCGACGCCCGGGGUCCCGCCCUCGCCGCGCCCGCCGGCGCCCGCGCUGCUCCCAGUCCCGGGGCUCCAGGCGCGGCCGCCGCUCUGCCCGCCCGAGGGGCCGCCUGGAGCGCUGGCGCCGCGCCCCGGGCCCGGCUGCGGGGGCGCGGGCCGGCGGGGGCCGGGGGGCCGCCCUCAGCGCCCCCCGCGAGCCGAGGGACCUCGUGACCGAGCCCGCGGGACCGUGGCUUCUCUCUGGGCUUGAGGACGAUGCGUGUUGCCCUGUGUCUGUAGCGAUGACCUGCAGCUCAGCCCGGCGGCAGCGAACCACAUAAGACUAUGGGCUGUACCUCCGCCAAGCAUGUAGCCUCUGUUCAAAGCGAAGAAGAAGCGCAGAAAGGGAAGAACUAUCAGAACGGAGAUGUGUUUGGUGAUGAGUAUAGGAUCAAGCCCGUGGAAGAGGUCAAGUACAUGAAAAACGGGGCAGAAGAGGAGCAAAAAGUCGCCGCCAGGAACCAAGAGAACUUGGAGAAAAGCGCCGGUUCCAACAUCAGACUGAAAACAAACAGGGAGAUCCCGGGCCUGGUGCACCAGCCUCGAGCAAAUAUGCACAUCUCAGAGAGCCAACAGGAGUUUUUCCGAAUGCUGGACGAGAAGAUCGAGAAGGGUCGCGAUUACUGUUCGGAAGAAGAAGACGUGACAUAACGUCCAUGCGGCCCCCAACCCUGGAGCGACUGCUGUGUAAAUAGGUCACACCCCCGUGGAAACCGUCUCCUGCCAAGGACUAGUGUCUGGUCCGACGACCGUGUCCCUCCACGCCGAAA